AUGGCGUCUGCAAUGACAGAACCCUCUUCAUUUGCACAUCAUACAAUCGGUCCACAGCCUACGAGGCGACCUAGAUCUCCUCUGUUGAAAAGACCUGGAGGCUCACCAAGAUCGUUUGCUAGUGAUGAACGUGGAUAUGACAGAUCACCUCCAUUCCUUCCUCAAAGAAGCAAUAUGGCAACAGCAGAAGAAGAACAAGAACGAUACCGUCAACGAGUAAGAGAAUACGAUUCUCCUCCACAAGACAACUUGCAUCGAUUGCCUCACCUUACCGAAUCCUACCCACCCCCAACGAUGAGAACUUUAAAAGACGAAGAGCCAUCGGCAAGAUCACCUCCUCUAGCAUACAGACACAGAGCUUCACCUCUAUCGACGAAGAGACCUGGCUCACCGUUAUUGCAUGAUGAAGAAUAUGAUGCUCCACCUCAUGCAAGAUCUGUUUCUCACCAAGGUGAUUAUUACGGUCGAUCUGCCAGAGAAGAUGGUGAAGAGAGUUGGGUGCCUGACAAUCGUAGAGCACGUUCACCUUUGGAUGGGAGCUACGAUCGUGAAAUCAAGUCUCGCUCGCAAGAGAACACCCGUUGGAAAUCGCCUAUUCAUGACACCACCCGUUCCAACGGUUUGGCUGCAGCUCCUUUUCCUCGCUCUUCAUUUUCGGCAAGCAAUAGUCCACAUGAAGAUAGGCCAACGUUACCGGCUUUAUCGGGGAACGGUAGUGGAAGCAUGUUUGGAAGCAGUCGAUUCGAUUCUUAUCGUUUACCGCCAAUGAAUGAGCAUAAUCGUUUUCACGGAGGAAGUAUGAGUAGCAGUGGCAGCAGCAAUGAUCAUCCACAGCCUCAUAAUAUUCCACAAUAUGCUUAUCGAUCCAAUGCAGGCAUGCCUCGCUCUUCUUUGCCAAGUUUGAGAUCUUUGUCCAUGCCUUAUCCAUAUGAAUCUCCUUCAACGCAACAUGCACAUGCACAAAGGGGUGGUCACGAGAAUGGUACAGGUGAACCUGCUCGUGCAGAUUCUGGCGGUCAUAGUACCCCAUACUAUGAUGGAUCACCUUCUUUACGACAGGAACAGGCUCAUCCAUCAAGAGGUUCAUCUUCUUUGCAUUCUUCUCCUAGACAUCAUCCGUAUGCGAUGUCUCAUGGUCAAUCCCACCAUGCACCUUCUUCUGGUCAUGCAUACGAAAGUGGAUCAGCUCAAGCCGGUGUCGGAUCGCCAACGAGUAUGCCAAGAAGACGCGGAAAAUUGCCAAAGCCCGUAACGGAUCUGUUGAAGAGUUGGUUGCUAGAUCACUCUGCUCAUCCUUAUCCGACCGAAGAAGAAAAGAGACGAUUGUGUGCUUCUACCGGUUUGAGUAUCAGUCAAGUAUCCAACUGGUUCAUCAAUGCACGUAGAAGAAUUUUGAUUCCUCAAGGUAGCGGUCAUUUCGGCAUCGGACCUUCUGCAAGCGGAAGCGGCGCAGAAUCUGGCAAUGGCCAAUACGAAAGACGUCAACAUUCACCUAAUUCGAUCAAACAUUCUUCUGAUCAUCAUUCAAUUUAUGCACCGCCUCCAUCGCAUUCUUCUAAUCAUUUGCGUCAUUCGAUCGCCUCUUUGCCUCCUCCAAGUAAUCGUCAUCAUCAAGGUGGAAUGCCUUCUCCAUUGCCACCUUUGUCUUCUCAACAUCAUGGCAUGUAUAGAAAUGGUCCAGACGUUGAACCAUACUCAAGAAGUGCCGAGCAAAGUCCACGAAUGAGACGUGAUCGUUAUGAGUCACCUUGA